AUGGACAGCACCAGCCACAUCCACAUCCAGUCUUGGGUGGCUCCAACCUUCGCCAAGCUGCAAGGCUGCGGGAAGGCUGAGAAUUCAUGCCACCGCGCCGCUCUCUCUACCAAACGCGUUUUUGAGAAGAGCAAGUCAGUUGCGACCAACAAACCACGACAAAACGACACAACCACGUCAUGGUACAGCAAUAGUAUCCUACACCCUGAAACAACCGGCAUCAUGACAGUUUGCAAAUACUUUCAGCAGGGAAACUGCCGCUUUGGAAGUAGGACGAAUCACUGCCUCUCUUUUUCUUUGACGACGAUCGCCUCACCACAAUCGCUUUCCCUCGCAAGCACCACUGCCGAAUUCACUCUCGAUCAUAACUGCAGGUUUGAGCAUCCAAGAGACGGGGGUUCGUCUCAGUCACCGUUUGGCGGCGGUGGGAACAGAUUCAGCGCCCUUUCUGGAGGACAGCAGGGCGCAUUUGGGGGGUCUAAACAGUCAGAUCAACCCGAGUACGCCGGCCUGAACGAGGAAACGAUUCGAAAAGACCUUCAGAACGAACUACCACAAUGGAUAUUCUCCUGCUACGGCCCGGGCAAAGAUGCGCCAGACAACCUGUUCGGCGGCUACCCCCGUGAGCAGCAACCAGAGGAGCUCAGGAUACAUUUCAUGAAAGGUCAGGCAGCGGGGGAGGCAGAAGCAGCCAUGAACGAGAUUAUGCAACUGCAUCAAGUAGCACGACAACAAAUCGAACACACGCUGAGCAACGUACCCGCCGCUAUCCAGCACGUUCGUGACGGGAUCAACAGACAUCCAAAUCGUCACGACAUAUGCAAACAAGGAACAGCGGGCAACACUGGAACAACGUUCGGACAGCCAGCGCCAAAUGCUUUCCAGAGCUCACAGCCUGCCUCGAAUCCCUUCGGUGCUACCGCUCAACCCGCUGCUGGAGGUUUUGGUCAGCCAGCUGCGUUGGGUCAGAAGCCCAACCCAUUCGGUGCGCCAGCCUUUGGACAGCCAGCCCAACCAGCCGCUACCCCAUCACCCUUUGGGCAACCAGCUGCACCGUCGGCCUUUGGGAAGCCAGCCGCCCUGGGAGCAAGCAAUCCUUUUGGGAAGCCAGCAUCAAGCGGUUUUGGCCAGCCCAGCGCCCUAGGGGGUGGCAAUAAGGUCUUUGGCCAAGCCGCAGCACCGGCAUUUGGUCAGUCAGGAUUUGGGCAGACAACACCGGCACCGAGCGCUUUUGGUCAACCAGCUGGUUUGGGCGCCACGCCAAGCCCAUUUGCUGCUGCCACUGCCGCCGCGAACACCGCCCAACAGAAUCCCAAUCCAUUUGGGCAGCCAGCGCAAAACCCAUCACCUUUUGGGGCACCGGCACCCCCUGCUGCCAAUGGCUUUGGCCAGCCCGCCGCAACCCCAAGUCCAUUCGGAGCUCCAGCAGCGGCUCCAGCAUCGAACCCCUUCGGGGCAGCUUCUCAGCCAGCACAAAACACACCCUCUCCGUUCGGGCAACCAGCAGCCCCUGCCGCCAACCCUUUCGGACAGCCAGCUCCCGCGGCGGCUGCUCCCUCACCAUUUGGAGCACCCACCGCUCCAACGGCUACUCCCUCGCCAUUCGGAGCUCCUGCCGCCACGACUGCUGCCCCGAGUGCGUUUGGCCAGCCCGCUACUGCACCAGCACCCAGCCCCUUUGGCGGAACCACCGCUACGGCCCCUCAGCCUACUCCGCAGCAAGGGGGGGGACCAUAUGGCCCUGGCGCCACUCGCAGCCAUCCCCCUUUGUCGUCAUAUGCCUCAAAGAACCCCGACAACACCCUUGGGAUGUUCAAAGGCAGACCCGUCAUGUAUGAAGUGGUCAAAAGCCAGGGGGAGAAGCCUAUUCCGGUUAUCAGGGGGUUUGACGGGUCGAUUCAGAAGAUUUGGAAUCCGAAUGGUGCGCCGAAUUACACGGCUGAGACGGAGGCCGAGCCAGAAAAGUACAAUGAUCCAACGGUGCAACGUCAAUGGAUGAUGUUUGUAGAGACGGGAAGGUUUGAGAACGGGAUCAUGCCGGAGGUACCGCCAAAGAGGGAGUUUUGUGUUUGGGAUUUCUAA